AUGGAGGCUCUACGCCAGCAACGCGGUGCGGCCAAAACAAAAGUGACGAAGCUCGAGAAGAAAGUCGACACCGAGCGAAAUUCUGGGCAGCAAAUAUCAAAAGAAAAAAUCGAGGUGUAUUUAGCAAGAUUGGAAGAUAUACGCUGUGAAUUCGACGACGUGCAGCAGCAAAUCAACGCCAUCCAAGUUGGCGAUCCGACAGUCGCCGAAGCAACGGAGGACGAGGCCUUCGGUGACAGGUAUCUCAAUCUGAAAAUCUUAUUAAAAGAAAUGUUGGCUAGUGUGGCAUCAAUACAAGCCGAGACGCGUCCAUCGCUGAGCGAUGAGGUGUUGGUACGCGUAUUGCAGCAACAAUCAGAGCUCAUGCGACGAUUCGGUGAAAAUAGCGCCGGCGGCGAUUCACAAGCUACAACGUCGAACAACGACGCCAUUGCGCAGCUUGUCCAACAGCAAACCGAGUUACUACGCCGAUUCGCGGACGGAGGUAGCGCUGCACGCAACGAUUCGAGCGUAAAAUUACCAGUUAUCAAGCUACCGAUGUUCGCCGGUCGCACGGAGUAA